AUGGUUUCCGAUUUACCAUACUUCUUGAAGCAACAUAAUGGCGAACUUAAAGGAGGUGCAAAAGCAUCUCGUGCAGGAAGGCCAUGGAUUUGUGCAUGCAUUAUUCACGGUUUUAAUGAUCAAAGUGAAGCUUGCGAGUUUGAAUCAAAAUGGAAAAGCUUUUCAAAGACAUUGCCUCGAAAAAGGAUAGAUGGUGACCAGAUGAAGCAGAGCAGCCAGGACUCUCACCGACUUCUGCAACACAGGAAGACUGCUCUUGAUAGGGUUGAAGUUAUUGCACUCUUUGUGGAUAAUAUUGCAUACCACUCAUACCAUGAUUUGAUCAUUGAUAUUGAUCGAAGCAAAGAUGUGAGAGGUAAGGUUAUGAAGCUCCCUGGAUGUGCAUUCCAGAUUAUAAUUGUUUCCAACAAUAUAAAGAUAGUUUAUGGAUGUGGGAGCAACAGAUCAUCUCAACUGAGCCGAUUUAAAGCUGUUGAAGAGAAGGGAAUCUGUGAAGUCCCCAUUCUGAUAUUUGACAGCUGCUGGGAUUUCAAAGCAGGAUUACCAUUUAUAGUCAAUCAACUGACAUUGCUGAGAUUGAGACUCCACACCUUUUCAAGUUCAUAUGUUUUGCUGUUGUAA